CAUCGCCUUGUUUGUAGCGGGGCGGGGAUGGCGGGGACCCCCCGGUGGCGGUUGAGACAUGGGGGGAUGUUCCGUGUGUUUGUGGGGUGGUGGUCUCUGUGUCUAUGGGGUGGUAUUUCCAGUAUCUGUGGGGCGGUGUUCUUUAUGUCUAUGGGGUGUUGUUGCCUGUAUCUAUGCGGUAGCAGUCGCUAUAUCUAUGGGGGGACUUUGCUAUGUAUGUAUGGGGUGGCAUUCUCUGUACGUACGAGGCGAUGUUGCAUUUAUAUAUAGGAGAAUGCUCAGUGUAUAUAUGCGGUGGUGCUUGUUGUGUCUGUGAGAGGACUUUAGUAUGUAUCUAUGGGGUGGUAUUCUUAUGUGUCCAUGGCGUGUCGUUCCCUGUAUCUGUGGAGCGACGUUCCCUGUGUCUAUGGGGUGGCAUUUCCUAUAUAUAUGGAGGGACUUUCCCAUGUGUUUAUGGGUCCUGUGUAUCUGUGGCGUGUCAUUCCCUGUAUCCAUGGGGUGAUGUUCUCUGUAUCUAUGGGAGGACAUUCCUUGGACCUAUGGGGUGUUGUUCCUUGCAUCUAUGGGGUGCCAUUCCUUGUAUCUAUAGGGGAGCAUUUGGUGUAAUUAUGGAGCGAUAUUCCCUGUAUUUACAGAGUGGUGUUUCCUAAAUCUAUGGGGUGUUGUUACCUGUGUCUAUAGAGAGGCAUUCCCUGUAUCUAUGGGGUGGCAUUCCCAUGUAUCUAUGGGGUGGUGUUCCCUGUAUCAGUGGGGGGACAUUCCCAUGUAUCCAUGGGGUGGUGUUCCCUGUAUCUGGGGGGGGACAUUCCCAUGUAUUCAUGGGGGGCUAUUGUCAUUUAUGUAUGGGGUGACAUUCCCACGUAUUUAUGGGAGGUAUUCCUAUUUAUCUAUGGGGUGUCAUUCCCAUUUAUCUAUGGGGCGUCAUUCCCAUUUAUCCAUAGGGUGGCAUUCCUAUGUAUCUAUGCAGUAACAUUGUGCUGUUCCCAUAGGAGCUGCCCUGCAGGAUCCCGGCCUGGCCAUGGCACACGCUGCUCCCGUCCCGGAUGAUUUAGGUGAGUGAUUCCCAUCGUGGUCCCGGGGAGUUUUCCCGCGUGUAUCGGGGGCUGGAACGAGAUCUUGGAGCUUCAGAGAUCAUUGAGGAGGUGAUGAAGGAGGAUGGUUUCCAGCCGGAUGCGGCCCUGCUCCAACCCCGACCCCCCCCCCGCGCCUCGGCCAAGCUGGUGGCGCGCGGCUCCAGCCCCACGGCGAGCGCCCCCCAGCUCACCCAGAGCCUCAGCACCCUGUCGCUGGCACCCAAAGCGGGGCCCCGGGGGGGUAGCACCCGGCACCGCUGGGCUCCCGGCUCCGGGAAUGCCAAGGAGGAGCUGGAGGAGCUGCUGGAGCCGCCCAAGCUGGUGAUCACGGAGCAGCCCAAGCAGCGCGGGAUGAGGUUCCGCUACGAGUGCGAGGGGCGCUCAGCCGGCAGCAUCCUGGGCCAGAGCAGCACCGAGGCCAGCAAGACCCUCCCGGCCAUCGAGCUGCUGAACUGCCACUCGAUCCCCGAGGUGAAGGUGACGGCGUGCCUGGUGUGGAAGGAUUGGCCCCACCGCGUGCACCCGCAUGGGCUGGUGGGCAAGGACUGCAGCAACGGGCUCUGCGAGGUGGUGCUCAGGCCCCAGAGCAACCCCAGGCACAGCUUCAGCAACCUGGGCAUCCAGUGCGUGAAGAAGAAGGAGAUCGAGGCGGCCAUCGAGAGGAAGCUGCAGUUGGGCAUCGACCCCUUCAAAGCCGGAGCGCUCCGGAACCACCAGGAGGUGGACAUGAACGUGGUGCGGAUCUGCUUCCAGGCUUCCUACCGGGAUGCGGCGGGACACACGCGGCACCUCGGGCCCGUGCUCUCCGAGCCCAUCUUCGACAAGAAAUCCACCAACACGUCGGAGCUGCGGAUCUGCCGCAUGAACAAGGAGAGCGGCCCCUGCACCGGGGGGGAGGAGCUUUACCUGCUCUGCGACAAGGUCCAGAAAGAGGACAUCGCGGUGGUGUUCCGCACGGCCACGUGGGAGGCGCGCGCGGACUUCUCGCAGGCCGACGUGCACCGGCAGGUCGCCAUCGUGCUGCGCACGCCCCCGUACCAGCACCUGGAGCUGCAGCGGCCCGUGGAGGUGGAGGUGGUGCUGCAGCGCCUCACCGACAGCGAGUGCAGCCAGGCCUUCCCCUUCACGUACCUGCCCCGGCACCCCGACGUCUAUGGGGUGCAGCAGAAGCGGAAGCGGGGCAUGCCCGACGUGCUGGAGGAGCUCUCGGGCUCAGAUCCAUACGGGAUCGAAGCCAAGAGGAGGAAGAAGCCCCCCGGGUACAUGGAGCACUUCUCCCCACUGCCUGCGGCCGACCCCACCUUGCCGGUGGAGCCGGACCCGCUGGACCCCCUGCCCCAGCUCUACGUCCCCUUCGCCCCCCCGGCGCUGCCCCCCCCGUACCCGCUGCUGGACCUGCCCGAGCUGCUGUCAGAGCCCUUCGCGCCCCCCCCCCGGGGACACCCCCCCCACCGCCACCCUGGUGGGGACCCACAUGUUCCCGGGGCACGUCUGAGCCCCCCCCCCCCCCCCCCGGCCCCACACAGGACUCGGGUACCCCCAUUCCCCCCCCCAGGAGGUGGGGGGGACCCUGCCCCGGGCUGGCUGGACCCCCCCGGGGCGGCCACAGCCCAGCCGCGGUUCGGACCCCCCCAGCUCGAGCUGCUUUGCACUAUAUUUAUGGGGGGGGCGGAAUAAAGCCAUGGAUGGACUCCA